AUGCUUCCAUCUUUUUUUUUUUUUUCCUCGUUUGCUUCCAUCUUUUUUUUUUUCACCUCGUUUGCUUCCAUCUUUUUUUUUACCUCGUUUGCUUCCAUCUUUUUUUUUUACCUCGUUUGCUUCCAUCUUUUUUUUUUUUACCUCGUUUGCUUCCAUCUUUUUUUUUUUUUACCUCGUUUGCUUCCAUCUUUUUUUUUUUGCUCGUUUGCUCGUUUGCUUCCAUCUUUUUUUUUUUUUACCUCGUUUGCUUCCAUCUUUUUUUUUUUUGCUUCCACCUCGUUUGCUUCCAUCUUUUUUUUUUUUUUUAACAUCGUUUGCUUCCAUCUUUUUUUUUUUUUUUUAACCUCGUUUGCUUCCUUCCUUCUUUCCUCGCUACACUGCGCAUGCUCCUUCCCGGCAGUCAGAACCUUCUGCUUUUUGAUAUUAUCUUUCUCUCUUUCUCUUUUCUCUCUUUUUUCUCUUUUCUCUUUUCUCUCUUUCUCUUUUCUCUCUUUCUCUUUUCUCUCUUUCUCUUUUCUCUCUUUCUCUUUUCUCUCUUUCUCUUUUCUCUCUUUCUCUUUUCUCUCUUUCUCUUUUCUUUCCCUCCUCCUUCCUUUUUUUGUUCUCCUUCCUUCCUUUCUUUUUUUACUUUUGACCUCAUUUCCCCCUGUCUCUCCGUCUCUUGUCUAUAUUGUUCUACUUCUCAUUCGCUCUCGUUUAUUUAUCGAGAACCACUUCCUCUCCCUCCCCCUCUUCCACUCUCUGUCUGUCUCUCUCUCGAUUUAUCUGGCAUCCACAUUUUCUUUGCGAUUUUCCACCGGGCAAAAGAAUUCUUUCCGUUUUGAAGAAAUGAAGUCCAUAGUGAAAAAGGACGGAUUACCAUCUUUGGAAAAAACAACCGUCGACUACAAAAUUCGUGUGAUGCGUGAUGCCCAUCUACUUGCUACCUGCGUCUUUCCCCGACAAAUCACCGAGCUGGACGAACUGCUCAGGUCACUGAAAAAUGCUACGGCGCGGGAACCUUCUCGGCGGAAGCUCUUGCGGAAACAGUAUUCUGUGUUCAGGACAUUCUCUCCGCCAUGGCUGUCGCACACGUCCACGUCCAACCCGAGAAGUGACGAGUUAGGGUUGUUCAAAUAUUCUCUUCUCCCUUUUUGGGACAAUAGUGACAAAAGGCAGUCCAUUGGAACUUCGGACAACUUUACAGGUAAAAUUCUCCUUGUUUUCGUCUCGUUCUCUGCGACCCAGUCUCCACGUCUCGUUCUCUGCGACCCAGUCUCCACGUCUCGUUCUCUGCGACCCAGUCUCCACGUCUCGUUCUCUGCGACCCAGUCUCUCGUUCUCUUGACGUCUCCACGUUCGUUCUCUGCGACCCCAGUCUCCACGUCUCGUUCUCUGCGACCCAGUCUCCACGUCUCGUUCUCUGCGACCCAGUCUCCACGUCUCGUUCUCUGCGACCCAGUCUCCACGUCUCGUUCUCUGCGACCCAGUCUCCACGUCUCGUUCUCUGCGACCCAGUCUCCACGUCUCGUUCUCUGCGACCCAGUCUCCACGUCUCGUUCUCUGCGACCCAGUCUCCACGUCUCGUUCUCUGCGACGACCCAGUCUCCGACGUCUCGUUUCUCUGCGACCCAGUCUCCACGUCUCGUUCUCUGCGACCCAGUCUCCACGUCUCGUUCUCUGCGACCCAGUCUCCAUUGUCUCGUUCUCUGCGACCCAGUCUCCACGUCUCGUUCUCUGCGACCCAGUCUCCACGUCUCGUUCUCUGCGACCCAGUCUCCACGUCUCGUUCUCUGCGACCCAGUCUCCACGUCUCGUUCUCUCUGCGACCCAGUCUCCACGUCUCGUUCUCUGCGACCCAGUCUCCACGUCUCCACGUUUCUCUGCGACCACCUCCCUCUCUCUCUGAUUCAAACCCUAUUGGGAUUGGAAUCGUUUUGCCAGAAAACCAAUAACAUUCUGUCCGGCUAUCUAUCCCAGCGUUCCAGUCUUCUUGAGAAAUGUUCCGAGUAUCCGGAUGUGCACGAUUACAAGUAUGCUUUGGUCGACCUCGACGACGGCCAUUACCGGAAGUUGCACAAUGUGACCUUUCUUCUCAGAGACUCUUACAUUACCUUCCUAAACAGACUUUUAAAGACAUUUGAGAGAAUUCGUCGACUGCGGCGUGUCGAUGGAACGGUGGAAUUUCUAAGAUAUCUGUAA